AUGUGCCGCGAGAACGUCACCAUCGCGCAGUGCGCUCCCCACGAUCCUCCCGUCCUUUCUUUCACCUGCGGUAAACUCCACAUGGUAGCUCAGGGCCGUGUCGUCUGCGACAAAGCUGAGGGCAAAUGCGUUUGCUACUUUGGCACCUGUGGCCUUGUCACACGUGAGAUCACCACCGGUGGGAUCGAUCUUAGCAACAUCAGCAAGAUCCGAUGUGCUACCUGUGUUGUCCGAGAGGAUAAUGUGGGUGACCGCCGAUCUGACCGCGAGAUUCUCGAAUCUCCUCUCCUCGAGCGACCCGCAAUCGACAAGGCAAGUAAGGAAAACCAUGCCAGACUCCUUAGCAGCCUUUGGCGAGGCAAGGCCACCUGCCCCUACCAUUCUGAGGACGUUCCUGAUUCUUUCGUCUCCCGCGCCCUGAGCGAUGUGUCCGUCGAAUCUCCUGCUCAGAUUGAGGUUGCUGUCCAGCCUGUUGCCGAAGCCGCAGUCAAUAAGCCCUUCUCCGUCGACAACCAUGCCACUGACGCUCCAAGCGUUGACUCUCCAACCUUCGACACUUUCCCAGAGGAGCAUUCCGAUGUCAAGACUACCGAAGUUGAUUCCGCCUCUGUUGGGUCUGUUCAAGCCGAUGUCGUUGGAACCACCGGCACUGAGCCUAUUGCCACUGAGCCUAUUGCCGCCGUUGACGAGUGGACUGCCACCCCUGCCCCAACUAUCGAGCAUGACAAGGAAGCUUCUGCUGAACCCACUUUCGAUUCCGGUAUCAAGAAUGGACUGGGGCGUGAGAUUGGUAUCGAGACCAGUCGCUGGGCCCCUCCCAAGCCAUCUGAUCCCGUGCCUGAGGAAGAAGUGCAGGAGAAAGUUCAGGACAACGACCCUUCCGAUGCUCCCGACACCAAGCCUCGCCGUAUUCCUACUGUCAACUUCGCGUUUGAUCCAAACAACGCUGAUAAGCUGCGCGACGUCACCCAGAAGCUGGCGAGCUUGAAGUCCCAGUUCCUCCUGGGAAAGGCUUUUUAG